AUGAGGUCCGUUUUCGCUGUUCUGUUGGUCGUGGCGCCAGUCGCGUGGGCUGCCUACUGGAUGGAAGACAUCUACCGCCAGGGUAUCACACCGUUCAGCGAGGUCCAAGAUUACAGGAUCUUCCGGAACGUGAAGAAGUUGGGAGCCAAGGGAGAUGGAGCGAUCAUCAAUCGCGCAAUCAGCGAUGGCAACCGCUGCGGUGGCCCUGGCUGCGUCGGCUCGACCACCACGCCGGCCAUUGUUUACUUCCCGCCCGGAAUCUAUCUCAUCAGUGCCCCAAUCGUCAGCUUCUACUACACCCAGAUCGUCGGUGAUCCGACCAACAUGCCAGUCAUCAAGGCUGCCUCAAACUUCCCGACUGAGGCAAUUGCCAUGCUUGAUGCCGACCCUUACCUGGACAGCGGUAAGCUCAACUUCCAGGCAACCAACGUGUUCUUCCGCCAGGUCCGCAACCUAGUAUUUGACACGAGGGAUGUUCGCGGGGCAAUCACUGGGAUCCACUGGCCAUCCUCUCAGGCGACCAUGAUCCAGAAUUGCGUCUUCGAGCUUUCCUCCCAGGAGGGCGACAACCAUGUCGGCAUCUUUAUGGAAGAAGGUAGCGGUGGCAUGAUGACCGAUCUGGUUUUCCACGGCGGCAAGAUUGGCGCUCGGUUCGGCAACCAGCAGUACACGAUGCGCAACCUCAGCUUCUACGGUUCGGAUACAGCCAUCGACCAGAUAUGGAACUGGGGGUGGACGUAUAAGUCGCUGAAGAUCGUCAACUCCCGGGUUGGCAUCAACAUGUCUUCCUUGGAUGUCGGCUCGGUCACUCUGCUUGACAGCUUGUUCGUCAACGUGAGCACGGCGCUGAUCACCGGCCGGAACCCCGGGAACACCACAGGCCUCGGCUCAUUGGUGAUUCAGAAUGUUGAAUAUGAAAAUGUCCCUACCGUUUUGGCCGGAGCUGACGGGAAGCCUCUGCUGUUGGGCGACUCGAGUGGAACCGUCUAUGAUUGGGGUUAUGCGAGGGUAAAUUCUGCUUCCCAGGCGUCGAACCGCACUGCUGACUUUCGCAACCAGGGAAAUACCUAUGCCCCACACGGGCCCUCUUUGCUCGAAGGGCGAGAGUUUACCUUCUCUCAACCUUUGACCUUGAAGCUCGGAGACCGCUAUUACGAAAGGUCCAAACCGCACUAUGAUGACUACCCUGCUGAGCACUUCGUCAAGGCACGAGACCAUUAUGCCUUUGGCGACGGGCACGUCGACGACACGGUCAUGAUCCAGAACACUAUCCAGGGUGCGGCAAAUUCCUCUUACAUCGCCUUCUUGGAUGCCGGAUACUACAGGGUCACCGACACCAUCUUCAUUCCACCGAAUACUCGUAUCAUGGGCGAAGGCCUGGCCACCGUUAUCAUGGGCUCGGGCGAGAAGUUCUCAGACCCGGAAAACCCCCGUCCCGUGAUUCGCGUCGGAAACCCUGGUGAUGUCGGGUUUGUCGAGAUGAGCGACCUGAUCGUAUCGACCCAGGGGCCAGCUCCAGGGGCCGUCAUGAUUGAAUACAACCUCAACACGCCGGCAGCAGAGAACACGUGCAGCCCGGGAAGCCCGCCUUCGGGAAUGUGGGAUGUCCACAUUCGUGUUGGUGGCUUCACUGGAUCGCAGCUUCAAGUCGCUGAGUGCCCCAUAACGCCAGACAAGCCCAACUAUGUUAACCCGUCAUGCAUCGCUGGGUACAUGGGGAUGCACAUCACUCGGAGCGCCCGAAAUUUGUACAUGGAGAACAACUGGAUCUGGGUGGCAGACCACGAUAUCGAUGACUGGAACUCGACCCAAAUCAACGUCUUCGUGCCUCGUGGGAUGUUGAUUGAAGGGAACCGCAUCUGGUCGGUCGGAAGCUCUGUUGAGCACCACACUCUGUACCAAUACCAGCUGCUGAACGCCUCGGACAUCUGGAUGGGCCAGAUUCAGACCGAGUCCCCCUACUACCAGCCCAGCCCACCGGCGCCGUACCCCUUUACCGAGCCGAAUGUCGCCAUUCGCGACCCUGAUUUUGCCGCCGAUUGUCAGACCAAGCAGGCGAAGGCCUCUUUGAACCUGCAAGGGGAUCCGCCCUGCGAGAUGGCAUGGGGUCUGCGCAUCAUCGGCUCGAGGAACGUCGUUGUCUUUGGCGCGGGUUUGUACAGCUUCUUCAACAAUUACAACACGAGCUGCAGCACCACCGAGUCGGGCGAGAAUUGCCAGGCGCGCAUCUUCUGGGUCGGGCCAGACACGGUGGGAGGUGGUAGCCCUACCGAUGACGAGGACCUGCUGACAGUGGAAAUGUAUAACCUGAAUACUAUCGGCAGUGGAGCUGCGUUAACUAUCCCCAAGGGAGGAAGCAGGUUUCUUCGGCUCAAACGACAAGAAUUCAGCGAGAGCUUGUCAGGUCUCCGUCGUUCUUGCGGCGCUGGCUAG